AUGAAAAAAUCCCAAACUGCAUCAUCAUCUUUAUCAAGACGAAGCCCGAAAUUCGAAGAUUUAAAAUACAAUGACAAAGACAUCAACAGUUUUGCGUUCAAUUUCACAAAAUCCCCAAGAGAGCCGAUGGAUAAGCAACGAAUUUAUACAGCCUCAAAUGUAAAGAUCCCAAGAUUGAAACUGCUAAAUUCAGGUAAAAUAGAAAAAAAUGACUCUGAUCCAAGUUUAUUUCGAGUCUCAGGGUCCCGCUCAACUCGUGAUAUUUCCCAUAUCAAAGACAAAGCAAAAGAUGAGUCAAUGUCACCAUGUCUCCCUCCAAUUCUCCCAACUGAUAUAAGUGCACUGGCAAAGCUAAUUGAUACAACAGAUCCAUUAGGAAUCCCUAACUCAUAAUGAGGAAUAAAAUUGUGGCUUUAACGGAAAUUGGUCUCCCUGUGGAGUAUGACGGACCAGUCCUGAAUGAAAUGAGGGCCUCUGUCCCUUUGAAGUAGGCUUUCAGGUUUGGGGAAGUCUUACUGAAGAGGGAAGUUUUUUCUCCCUUCAAGGUUUCCCUGUCCCUACCAGAUGAGCUAGACAGGUUUAUCCUAUCACAUAUUCUUCGCUAUCGGGACUAUCUAGGCACACUAACCUAGGGAGCUAAUCCUUAGGUGAGGUGAGUUUGGCUAAAAAUUCAAGAGCGGAAUUUUAGUUGGGCCUUACCGUUUGCACUCUGGUGUAUGCGCACCCAGCGAGGCCACCUUUCCUGGAGACAAGGUAGUCCGGCUGGUGAGGGUCCCGCUUAUGGUCGUAUAAAUCUUAAUCUUAACUCAUAUAGCCCACGCCGUAUAAAUUCCCCAACAAACUGUCAAAAAGGAGCCUGUUCUGAAAUUUUAUCAAAAAUUCCCAACAAGCAGAGCCUAAAACCUGAGCAGUCAGCUGACUUGCUAGAGAGGCAUUAUUUAGGAAGCCCAACGGGCAGACAAGAUGUAUAUAACCUCAAAGAAUGACUCAAAAAAAUGAAAGAAAUUUAUGUGAAAGGAAUUUCAAUAGAAAAUGACCAGCUAACUAUUGAAGAGCUAACAAAAGCUGAAGUAAUAUAUGAAAUGUGUGAGCGAGAAAUAAUUCGUCAGGUAAGUGUAACUUGCCUUGAAAGAGGCGAGCUCAUGCAAGAAGUGCAUGCUUAUUUUCUGAAACUGCAUAAACUGAAGCUUGACACCCUUGUAAAAGAGCAUAACGGAAAACUAGAAAAAAUUAAAGGCGAAAUGGAAGUCAUGGGGAAAAAGCACACUGUCACAAGAGCAAAAGCCCAAGAAGAAAUAAAAAGCUUGAAUGAGAACAUCGAGAGUUUAACGAACGAAAAAAAUAUUCUGCUGGGAGAAAUUUCUUCACUGCAGGAGAGGCUGAAUGAAAUGAUGGAAAAAGCAAGCCAGGAGUUUUUAAAGCUUAGGACUAGAAGGUCUUCAUUUAUGAAACCAAGCAACACUAUGAUGCCAGAAGCGAGAAAACUAGAAAGCUCUGACAUAGAAGCAUCAUUCAGUUAUAACCAUGAGAUGGUUCCUGAUAAGAUUAAUACGAAAAAUGAAAUUCUACUAAACGAAGACCACCCAAAUCCUCCUAAAAUUUCAUUCCUGAGAGAAAAAACGAAUAUUUAUAAAUUCGAUGAAGGGACACACAUUUUGCCAAUAUAUCGACAACUUUUUAAAUUUGAGAAAAAGUGAGAAGACCAAGAAAUACAGGUCGAGCUCGAUAAAGAAAAUGAAAAAACAUUUUCAGAAAUCAGCACACAAACUUCGAAUGAGAAUAAUAGCGAAUCGGACUCUGGAAAAAGAUUUGGAGAUGCAGCUGCACAAGUUAAAAGAAAAAAAGGAAAAAGCAGAAGAGGAACGCUUGUAGGGAAACUUAAAAUACCUGAUUUGUCUCCUAAGCCUUCAAUAAACCCUUCUCUUCUUAGAACUCCUGAUGCAUCGCCUAGGCCUUCAAUUAACUCUUUAGUUCCUCCAAAAACUCCUCAGCCCCAAAACAGAAGCAAAUCUCCUGCAACUCCUUUAUCAGAAAGAAAAGGUGAUAGAAGGAAAUCAUUUAUGGUGAAACCUACAAGUUUCUUGAUCCCUGAUGAGUUCCCAGUACUAAUAAAUGAGCCUGCAAGCCCUGCAAAAGCAAAACCUGCGAUUGUUAUCAAGCAAAUUGAUCCCAAUGGAAAAUUGAUAGAUGAAGGGAUAAUACAAAAGCAAGAGGAAUUGAGAAAAAUAAAUUCAGAAAUUUCAAAUAAGACCAAUGAGCUUGAAAAGCUUGAUCAUAAAUUGAAAAUAUUUGAAAGCCUAAUUAGGAAAAUGGGAAUACAGACUCAAAAUCCUUUACUAUCAGAAAAGCAAAGCCCUACAUUACAGACAGAGAAAAAAACUCAAAAAAAUCCCUUAUUAUUUGUAAAGCCAAAAAAAAAGCGAAAAAGAAGCGGGAGUGAAGAUAUCAAAAUUGAAGUGUCUGAUACUGAUAGACUAGAGACUCAGGGAUCAUAUAAUGAUCUAUCAAUAUUCUCAAGCAAAGACUCUAAAAAGUCUAAAAAAAUGAAUCUUAUCUUAUCUUAUAGAAUUUAUAUCGCUUAACGUCCACUACGGGGUUACAACUCCAGGUUUAUCACUCGCCUUUCGUCGCAUCGGGCCCACCAGCCUGCUGGAGACAAACUCGCUUCGAUCACCAAGUUGCUUCUAGGGCAAAUGUCCACGUCUUCGACGGCUCAUGGAUGAGCUACUUGCUUGUACAUGGGUUGCUUUUCCGAAAAACCCAAAAAAUGGAUUUUUCUGGUCGGCUAUCGGCAAAAAGGAAAAAUGCAAAGCCUGGGACGUAACGCCCAGUUUCACGCUAGGGAGUUGCCCGAAUGGUCCAGAGGACUUUGCUGGGCUUCCCCUUUCCAACCCUGCACCUUCCUUCCCCACGAGGAAAAAUCCACCCCUGAGAAUAGACUAGGGCUAGGCUCUGAAAGCUACCAGAAUUGCUUACCUAGCAUUGCUGUCCAUCUCUGAAAUGGUAAAAACUUGCCGGAUAUAAUUAAAAUAUGAGUCGAGGCUGCAUGGCCGGGAGGCCAUGCCCAGACGAAGACGCCAUAUUUUAAUUAUCUAAAAAAAUGAAUCAAGGAGACAUCGUUAAGCUAGAAGAAAUCAUCAAAAAUCUUCCUCCAGAUUUCGAUUUAGAGGUCUGGAACUCUGGCUACAAUUGUGGAUUUGAAAUGGGCAAAAAAGAAGGCUUUGAAAACGGUGAAGAAUUAGGCAUAGAAGAAGGAAUUUUGCAAGGAUACGUUAAUGCUCUUCGCGAAACAAAUGAUGAAGGCUAUACGUCAGCAAAUGAAGAGCAUUGAACUGACUCCUCGAUAGAAAGUUCUGCAACAGAUAUGCCUAGCACUCUAAGAGAUAAUCUUCUCGAUUUCCAAAACUUUUCAGUAGAAAUGAUGGAAUCGCCAUUUGACAAAGAAAUUCAUGAUGCGUCAUUUUCAGACGAUGAAGAUAAAGCCCAAGAGAAAAGCUAUAAGCCUUUGAAUAAAAGAGAAAUUAUAAUGAAAAAAAGAACAAAAAUAGUAACAAAAUUUAUGGAAUUCCAUUUUGGAAGGAGAAAUAUGGUCCACAUCAAAAAAGUUAACCCUGCAAGCAAGCUAAUGGCGGAUUUUUUGACUAAUAAAAUUGGCUGAAUUAUUAAGCGCGCCUCAAUGACCAGCAAAAUGGUGAAUAGAAUCAUGGCAACUGUGUAUGAGGGCUUUGCAAAUAAAAUAAAAACUGACGAAGAUGGGUUGCUGGAAGCCACUUAUGAUGAGUUUUCUCAGAAAUAUGGCUUGAAAACUGUAUGUGACCGAAAAUUCUUACUCCCCCCUCCGUGAGCGAGCAAAACCAUUAGAAAAAUCCCUAAUUUUUGCCAAAAGCCCACCCUCCAUGAGCAAACAUAAUUUUUUUAAUGUGAAAAUUUUUUGCGAAAAAAAAUUAUAGCUAAUCCGGUUUAAUUUUAAACAGCUUACAUUUUAAAAUUGAAAUUUUACAAAUUGAAUUAAUAUUUGUUUUCCAAUUUUUGCGAAUUGGUAUUUUUUUAAAUUUCGAAAAACAAAUUAUUAUAAAUUUAUAUAUAAUUAGCCUCGUGAGUGAACAAAUUUUUUUUGUUCACUCACAGAGGGGAGAGAUAGAAUUUAUCGCAUCUUUGUUCAAAACUGCUGACAACCUAAGAUCAUUAGUUUACCUCAAAUUCAUUGGGGCGGGUGAAAAGUUAUAUGUAAGAAAUUAUAACAAAAAAAGCCUGGAAAUUUAUUUAGACGCUCUUGCAUUCAUGUACAAUUCUAAAAUUGGGAUUACUAUAAACCUUGACGAUACUUCAGAUCAAAUUUAUUUACCAACAAUCAGAGCAGUUGAAUGUAUAAAGGAAAAAAUGGAAAACUUCGCUGAUAAAAAGAUGAUUGCUCAAAUUGUUUCUAUUGUAGAAAAAGCAUCAAUUCCUGAUCCGAAGCGAAUCAAUCAAGGUGGAUUAAUUGAAUCUGAGCUUGUUUUGAAACUUAUUAUAGACACUUAUGAAGAAUAUCAAAUAAGAGCUCAAGAAGGUGUCAUCCAAGCCUUGAAGUCUAUAAAAUAUGAUGAGGAUUUAUCAGGGAUUUCUAAAGCAGAAUUUUUAAUUCUUAUUAGAAAUAUUUCGCCUCAAAAAUAUAGAAAUUGGCAUUUUGAUGAAGAGCCAGCCCAAGAUAAGUUGGAAGACUUUUUACAAUUAGAUAAAUUAGUAUCGUUGUGUAUAGAUAAAGGAUUACUACUCAUUAAUGACUUAAAAGAGUAUUUGCCGCUGCCUAUUGAUUAUUCUCAAGAAGAUAUCUUAUCAGAAAUUGAUUAUACUAAAGAAGAGCUUUAUUCUAUUAUUUCCCAGUUAAAAAUUACUAAUAUAGAAAAACCAAUAAAAAUUUUAUCCCCUGAUCAAUGGGAAAUAAAACUACAAAAUUGUGAAAAAUCAAUCACACAGCGAGAGCCUCAUCUUACGAAGCUUGCAUGGAAAAUAUUCCAAGAUGAAUUAUAUCCAUUUAAAGUCUAUAAAAACUCUAUACCGGUCAACUUUUUAAAGCAACUAGCUUUAGAAUUUUCAAACAAACGAACAAAAUUAUUUAGACGCCUUAAGACAAUUUUAUGGCUGAGCCAAUGAUUAUCGCUGGGUAUUAAGGUCGUUAUUGCCCGCUGCUAGCAAUGGCAGAGCACUUGUCUUCACAUCUCAUCCGUUUGUUUUCGCAAGAAUACCCGUCUUCAAUGCGAUUACGCCCAAUUAGUUUCCAUCUCCUCUGUUGGAGUCCGAUGAGCUGCAGACUUGCCUCCAUCUUGCUUCUUACGAUCCAUCUCUCUGCCAGCUUUGAAUCAUGCAGAGACUCGUUCAGCCUACUCUGGCCAAUCUUCGCCCUACACACCUUGAUACCUGCUAAUCUCACCAGCCACCCUAUCCAAGAACCCAAGGUCUAUUGGCUCGAUUGCAUAGCUUGACUUGAAAAAAGUUUUUUGUAAGCUGAUCAAGAACCUCGCCUGGGGAGAAAAAUUAACUAAAUUAAAGAUAGCUCUUGGUCGUCGAGCUACAAUUUCUACGGAUAAUUAUCUUAGCUUAGAGAUGCUCAAUUUACUAUUAGCAGUUAUAAUAUAUAUUCGUAAUGAAUGUUUUACCCCCUAG